AUGACUUCGCCGACAACAAUGGGAGUCACUGGUUUUCAGUUCAUCACCUCGGUGAAUACAAUCAAGCGGGAUGAUGAGACGAGGAAAAGAGUACGGUCACACGCAAGGCGCCAGAAGUUACCCAACGAGCCUUCGGCGAGACAGUCUGCAACGCCAAAGAGAGCAUCUCAGAAGGAACGUGUUUCCAAAUUUCGGGUGAAUCAGAGGCCUUCGUCAUCUGCCCAUAGAUAUACACCACCAAAGUCUUCUUCUCCUCGAAGCGAGGCAAGCCCUAGCGACACCUCAUCGACACAUUUGCCCACAGAUUCACAGCAUCUGCUCCCAGCAGCUAGUCCGACGUCAACUGAUGCAGAAGGGACCACCUAUGAUGAACUCAUCAGUGAAAUCAAGAUUGAGCAGAGGCAGGAUGGUUACCAGAGCGACAUGCCAACUGACAACGGACUUGGCCUCAUCGUGGCGUCACAUCUGCCUGCAUUUUCUGUGCUGCCCAUCCGAACAACGUCUCUAACGGAAAAGCUGUUCAGAUGGAUGACGAGUAUAUGUCUUUCAGCACAGGGAAAGUUUGUGCAGCAAUGGUUUGAUCAAAAUGAUACGCCAGAAUAUAUCAAGACUUAUCGCUCCAGUUUUCUAGCCCUCGGCCACGCCAUGAACCCGGAUGGAGAUUGGUUUGAUUUUAUCACUAUCGACCCAGCCAUGACUCACGGAUUCAUGGGCCUGGCAGCGGCGAUGCACUGUGCCUUGGUUGACUGGGACGAUAUGACGACGAUAGACUUCCAUCGGUAUGAGACCAUCAAGUCUAUCAACAAACGACUGGUGGUCGAGGGAAAGGGUGAUGCUACGGUUUCGGAUGCCGUCAUCGUAUCCGUAGCCCUGCUGGUCCACGUCGAGGCCUUUAUUGGCUCACUCCCUGCGGCAGCGGCGCAUUUAAAGGGGUUGAGAAAAAUGGUGGAGUUGCGUGGCGGUAUCGAAGUCUUUGGACACACUCUUCUCCUUCAGCGCGCGCUGGCGUGGGCCGACUUUGCUUAUGCAACCGCUUCGCAAAGCCCGCUAUCCUUUUCUUUCAUACCAACACUAGAACCAGCUCUCGACACUUGCGAUCGUUUUGUAUCGCGGUCCAUGAUGAUCAACGCCCUAGCACCAAGUCACCUCGAUGGCGGCCUCGUCAUACACAAUCGUGAGGCCAUUGACCUGUUUGAGCUGAUGUUUUCGAUAACGCAAGCGUCUGUGCAGUUUGGAGGAAAUGAUUCGGUCUCACAGCCACAGAAUCUCGCAGGUCUCGCCGGUUGA